AACUCUAUCUUUCGAUUUGUUCACUUUUCUCUUCCAAAGCCCAACCGCUGAACCUAUCAUGUCAAGCCUCGCUUCUUGCACCGUCUGAUGCAGCCAGCAGCCACCGAUCCAUUUGCACCAUCUGCGGCAGCCAUCGAAGAGGUUUUCGAGCAAUUCGAACAAGCCAAAACCACCCCUUUACAGAUGUGCGUUGAUUUAGGUGACGGACGCUUUGUCAAGUGCAGGUUCGCCUCUCUUCGUCGAGAAGCCGAAGCGCUGCAGUUCGUCCGAGCCAAUACCACAAUUCCUGUCCCCUCCGUCCUCCUUGUCUUCCAGAGAGAAGAUAAAUGGUAUCUCGUCAUGGAGACCAUCGGCGGCACCACUCUUAGCUUACACUGCAAGAACAUGUCGACGACGCAACUUGUAGAAAUUGCAAAUACGCUCAAGGAAUAUAUGUAUCAGCUCGAAAACCUAGGUGCUCAUCGCUGCAUCAUGGGAUCCUGGCUAAAGGGACCCUUCUCUAACGUGUUUUUCGCGCUAGCAAGGCACUACCGCUUCAAGGUUCCUUUGCCUACCGACGAAUACAACAACAUGGCCGAUUUUCAUAGGUACUGGGUCCAAAGAUUAGGAGACCAUCCUCAAUGUGAUUUCCUGCGUGACGCACUCUCCAAAGAAGUGCUGUCCGAGGACAAGGUCGUUCUUUCUCACGGCGACCUUAACGUCUCCAACAUUAUGGUAUCUGCAGAUGGUCACAUCUUGUCUGUCUUGGACUGGGACACGUUCGGGUGGUAUCCCGCGUUUUGGGAGCCGAUGAGUAUGUGGCGAGGAGGGAGGUGGAGGACGGAGUGGCUCAAUGCGUUGGAGACGGUGUUUAAGCAGACGGAUAUGGGUACCACCUAUAUAACAGUCCUCGACUUCCUUGGGACUGAUUACUUUACGUCGGAUGACUUCGAUGACUUGUUGUAGCGCUUCUUACUAUAAGUAGUCUUCAUUUUUCCAUGCCGCGGGGUAGUAACAUUUUGCCACAUUCCCGCUCCUUUCCAUCUUGAACCUCGUAUAUCCUGUGCAUUUUUUAGAUUUCCUUUAUCAGUGUCAGGUUUUCAAACACAGUCUUAGCGAAAGUUAAGUAAUUGGGCAAAUUUUGGGAAAGUCGAAAGUCGGCCACCCAUCAGACGCCUGUGAGUGACUGUAACUUCCUGACCGUGUCGCGA